AUGAAGACUCUGAUUGUACCACCUUUGGGCGCUAACGUGUCCGUCACGGAGGUGUUUACUGUCCCUAUUGCUCGCUUUCGACUGCAGUUUACCGACGAUCGCCGCACAAAAGAGCUGCGUUGGGUGCUUUUUGCUUCGACACAGCGUGGCGCCGUGGGAAAACUCAUUUUCACUAUAGAGAAGAAUGGAACGGCUCAUGUCAAGUCUGUGGCGGUGAAUCCGGCGUUCCGUGGCUUGGGUUUAGCCCGUGUGCUUUAUCUGGCAACACUUGCUACUUUAGAGGAAAAACAAGUGCGUGCACUCUAUUUAGAGGCUGAAGAGGACUCUGAUCGUUUUGGCAAACUCGUAGGACUUUAUCAAGGUUGGGGGUUUUCAGAACUGCCUGCGGGAACCACUCUAUUCCUUUAUAACGGCAGCGACUGUCUUCGAAAGGUGCCAAUGGUAUCAGUUUUCCAAAACAACACUUUUUUUCCCAUCCGACCAAAAGAAAGCACUUGGUUUUUCAUGAUGUCCCUACAGACUCCAGAUGGUACUUGUCUCGUGGCUCGAGAGGAUGGAGGUUUGAGUCUGAGCUCGAAGAAUAAUGGUUGCAUGUGGCAACUAUUACUUGGUGCCAUGGGAGAAAUUUUUCUCCGUAGUGUAUAUGGUAAAUUUUUGUGUGUCGAAGAAGACGGUACAAUUUUGGCCGAUCGACCGGUGAACUCGACAUGGGAGACGUUCCAUGUCGUGCCACAACAUGAUGAUAAUGUUGCUGCAAUUGCUAAAGGUGUGGCACUUCGUAGCUUCCAUGGAAGUUAUUUGUGCAUUGAUCCAUUGGCAAAGCGAGUUGAGGUAUCUGACCGUCCCGUGCCUUGGGAUGGUGAUGACAUCAUGUCGUUGGUCUGCAAUAAGACAGACGCUCAUUCGCUUUUCGACAAAAUUAUGCGGAAAUAUCAAACAACUGCGUUCGUGAAAAACCAAAUAGCCAAGUACGGAAACUUGCAACAUGCACAAAUGUCAGUUCUAGAAGCUUGCAAGUGUGUGAUGGAACUAACAGGUGAUUCAGAUCAGGAGAAGAGUUGGGUGAUCCAGUACAUGCUAGCUACGGCAGCUGCAGUGAAGAAAGAUGGACAUCCAGACUGGCUGCAGUUGGUUAUUUUUCUUCGUGCUUUAGGAAUGUUGUUCUUGUGCUGGACAGACGACGACAAUGCUGCGCUGCGUAGUAUAUCAGCACAAGAGUGGCUGACCAAGAAUUCGACGUGGGUUGUUGGUGAGGCUAUCCCGAACACGAUCGAGUUCCCAGAGCUGAACAAGCUCAAUGUGGACCACUGUAAUGCUGCAAAUGGUGGACGUAGCGUUGCUGCUCAUUGUGGUUUGGAGAACGUCAUGUUGCCGUGGACUCCAGAUGAAUAUUUACAUUGCGUGUUGUCUCUAAACAAGACCACGCUACCUGCAGAAGCUUUGGACGUCAUCCGCUUUUGGUCGCUCAAAACUUGGUACGAGCAGGACAACUACGGCGACUUGUGCGUGCCUCACGAUGUGGACACUAAGGAAUGGAUUAGCUCACUCGGUAGGGUGGUUUGUGUAUCAGAGAGUACUGUAGAGAACAUCGACGUCGGUGUUGAACUUCAGUAUUACUUGCAACUUGUCAAGAAAUAUCUGCCCGAGACACUCAAUUGGUGA